UCCGGGGGCGGGCCACGUGACCGGCGGUUCGGGUCCUCGUCGCCUCCGACGAGCGGCGGUCGUGGCCCCCGCGUCUCGCGUUGCUGGCAAGGGGGGGGGGGCGGCGGCGCGCGAUCGCUCGCGUUAGCGUCGGCGGUGUCUUUCGCGUCUCGCUCUCUCGCCUCCCGCCCGCUGCUUCGCUACCUUUGGGUGAGCACCGGAGCCUCGUGCAUGCCCGACUCGGCAGGGGCCGGAAUGCCAGCACUGUCGGCCACGCCAAGGAACGGAGCGAUGAGCGACGUCCUGGCCACCCUCCCAUCGCAACUUCAGGAGCACGGGGGCAGCCCGGAGGACAUGACCUUCUUACGGGAUAUCUGUGGAGAUGCCAGCCUGCAGUCCCUCGUGAAGGUUCAUGACAAAUUAAAGAGCUACAUUAAGAUCAGCCCUGCUCCCAUGCUGGCCAAUUCUGCUACUCUUACUGAUGAUUUGACAGAGGAACUACAAGGUCAACCGACAAACAGUGAUGUCAGGGAACUCUUAACACUUCUUUCUAAGCCACAUGUCAAGGCAGUGCUGUCUGCGCACGAUUCUGUGGCACAAAAAGACUUUGUCCCGGUUCUGCCACCACUGCCCGAUGAUCUUGAUGACGAUGAAGAGUCGGUCAAAAUUAUCCGGCUCGUCAAGAACAAGGAGCCCCUGGGUGCUACCAUCCGACGGCACGAGGAGACGGGAGCGAUCGUGGUGGCACGGAUCAUGAGGGGUGGUGCGGCGGAUCGCAGUGGGCUCAUCAAUGUAGGCGAUGAGCUGAAGGAGGUCAACGGGGUUCGCGUUGACAACAAGGAGCCUGAAGAGGUCAUUCAGAUCCUGGCACAGUCGCAGAGUGCAAUAACAUUCAAGAUUGUGCCAGCCUUUAAAGAUGAAUCCCAAAGCAAAGACACCAAGAUUUACCUGCGCACAUUCUUUGACUACAACCCGCGGGGUGACGUGGCGAUCCCAUGCAAGGAGGCGGGGUUACCAUUUUUGCGUGGCGAGGUGCUUCAAGUGGUGAGCCAGGAUGACAGCAUGUGGUGGCAGGCCAAGCGCACGGAGCAGAGCAACAUGCGUGCCGGCCUCAUCCCUUCCAAGCACUACAUGGAGAGGCGGCUUGCAGCCAGACAGCCGGCAUCACCACCCAUCGUCCAGAAGAGCAGUAAAUCAAGAUUGUUAAGCACGGUUGAAGAAGGUGAGGAGUCCUAUGCAUGUGAGGAUUUAAAAACAGAAGAUCCAGGGUAUGAUGGCCACGGAGUUUAUAUCGCCGGUCUCCGCCGGAGCUUCCGGCUCAGCCGCCAGAGCAGGAAGACGAGCAAAUUGAUGUACGAGAGCAAGCGCAGUGCCGAGUAUGAUGCCUCGGAGGUCUCCACCUACGAGGAGGUGCUGCAGUACCAGCACCAGCCAGGUGACAAGUAUCGAGUCAUCGUGCUCGUCGGGCCACCUGGGGUUGGAAUUAAUGAGCUCAAAAGAAGACUCAUUGCCAGCGACCCAAGCCUCUACAGCGGAACUGUUCCAACAACUACACGGCAAAAGAAGAGCCACGAGAAAGACAGCAAGGAGUAUUACUUUGUGUCUCGGCACCUAUUCGAGGCAGAUCUGCACAACAACAGGUUUGUGGAGUACGGCGAGUUCAAGGGGAACUUGUACGGCACAAGCGUGGACGCUAUUCGCUCGGUGGUGAAUGCUGGCAAGGUGUGCCUGCUGGACGUGAGCCCCCCGGCUAUCAAGUCCAUUCGGACGCCAGAGUUCAAGCCUUUUGUGAUCUUUGUGAAGCCGCCUUCUCUUGAGCGUCUCCGACAGACGAGAGGGGCAGCCAAGUCCAGCGGAGACAAAAACCCGGCCCGUAAUUUCACGGAUGAGGACUUCCAGGAAAUGCUGGGCACGGCGGCACGGAUGGAGGCUCAGUUUGGCUACCUGUUUGACAAGACGGUGGUGAACGACGAGCUGGCAGCGGCGUAUCGCGAGCUGCGCGCCGCCGCAGACUCGCUGGAGAGGGAGACCAUGUGGGUGCCGCUGAGCUGGGUGCUCUCAUAGCCCCGCGCCACUGCACCGUCGCACAGUAGCAAGUACACGGCGGAAACAAGCUCAAGAGGUCGUCACGGCCAUUACCAUCGAUGCCAAUGCUCCUCGCCACUCCUAGAUCCCGCAGCUGUUGUGCAGUUGACAACCUGACCACCAAAAUCUGCUCUUGCAGUAAUCUCACAAUCUGGCUUUUAGGUAUUUCCCUUGGCCUCUGACCUUUGAGUGCCCACUCCAUUGUUUGCCUCGGUAACCUGUCCCCAUCGUCUUACACCAAUUGCAACAUCCUUUUCUUGAUUAAACUUACUUGGCUUUAUUGCCACAUUCUAUUUUAAAAUUCCUUACCUAAUUCUGCAUGCACAUAUAAUCUAAGGCAAAAAGGUAUUCUCAUUGCUGUAUUACAGUUUAUCAGUUUGACUUGCACAGCAGCACGGGCGUUACUUCUGCUGGCCACUUAACGCUAAAGUUGAUAUGUUUACUUAAAAAGUAACACGCUCAAAUUAAACACAACCUGAAUUGGCUUGCAGUAAAAACAGUCCGGCGUGCUCUAGUAUCGCAGAAUGGUCAACAGGCAUUUCUUCCACAGCACUGUGCUUUGUGUCACAUUCCCUUUUUUGCGAUGUUCCUUCUGCAAAAAAGGAUGUGUUACACUUCACAGAAACAUUGGGCACAAGAGGUAAGAUGAGCUGUCUGGGGGAAACCCCUUUUGACCUUGCGUGCCCCUAUCUGCUGGUCAGGAAUUGGUCCGAGUGCUGUAAUGGGUGACGAAGCAUCCCAUGGUGUGCCGUGGUUGGCUGGACCGCAUGCUCUCAUCAGUGCUGUCAUUGCAGUUGCCACCCACACCUUGAUAGUGUUUUUUGGUCAUCUAAACUUUGUACACGUUUGUUUUCUUGGUGAAUGUAAGGUUUCACUCAACAAUUCCCAUGCAAAUAACACAGGAUGCACACAUAGUAAGGUGCGCAUAUAAAUUUGGGUGUUUUUUUGCUGUGGCUUGUAUUAAAAUGGAACCAAACCAAAUAAUUCUGACAUGUAUCUUAAGUCAUUUAACCAGGUUACAUUUAUUAUUAUUGCUAUUGAAGCAUGCUUUGUGUUAUCCACUGCUGCUAAAUAAAUCCAGGUUAUUUAAAAAAAAAAAUUGAUACCACAUAAUUCAAGAGCAGUAUCACAUUAUGCACCAUAUGAUUAAACAGGAUAUUUUAUUCAUUUAACAGCAUUUUUAUAUGUUGAGGCCAGAUUUGAGGCCUUGUACAGUUGUGUAGGGUUUAUUGGUUUCCAAAUGCUGGUGUUUUCACUCGUAUCUGCCAUUGGUUUGCAGCCAUUGUCUCACAAAUUCAUGGAAUCAUGAACGAUCCUUUAAACAACCAUUGUUUACACUGCUGAAUGAUUGCCCAAUGAUGGCCUCAUCCAAGAUGCUUGGAAUUACAUUCUGUGUUGCCUGUACCAAACCAGUUUAAGACAAUUCAGUGAAAUCAUAACUGAGCGUUGUAAUGUAUUGAGCGAUUUAGUAAUUAUUGUAGACGGCUGUAUUGUGUGCGAAUAGCAGUUAGCGGAAUAUAUUUCUCACCGAUGAUGGCUCAUAUGUCUUGCAUGUUGUAGUGUAGUGCUAGUUUUUAGGACGAACAUGCUAAAAAUACAGUAUUGUGACAUUGUCAGGAUUUCUUAAAUUAUUUCUUCUUGACAUUGAAACCACUUGUGGAAAAUGAUUGUCUAAUGUUUGAUUAGCUUACUAUACGUAAUUGAAUUGGCAGUUCUAAAUAAUGUCCUGUAAAAUGUGUUGCUGUAAAAACAAUCCUUAAAAGUGUAAAAGACCAAAAUCUAAUGUUAGUAAUACAGUAUUUGAUUAGCUUUCUCCCUACUGGACUGUGUAUGGGUUAUGUUGUAUGGCUAUCAGUCGUAGUUAGGUUUUGUAAUGUUGAUGUCUUUUUGAACAAACUUGACGUAGUGUUGAAUUCGAGAUCUCUGUGCACAUAUCCUAAUGUGUACUACGGCGAGCGCUAGUUUAUCUUGAGUUGGGAUUUGCUCGUGUGCUUAGGUUAGAGAGAGCAUUUUUUAUAUAGCUUUUUAUUUUAAUAUAAGAAUUUGCAUUGCCCUUGCAUUGCCCUAAAGUUACUGCAUGUGACGAAGCGCUGUACUUCCAAGUUGGAAACUCAUGGAUUCAAAGUUUGGUCAGGAGUCUACUUAAUUCGUUGUCUCUCCAGGGUCGGUUGAGAAGUUUCUACUAUGUGCGAUGUCCAAACUUGUCCUAUGGAGAGACUGAUCUUCAUUAUACAAAUUUGGAAUAACCAUUCCUGGUUUAGAGCCUCAACUUAUGAGAAUUGCCCAACCACUCUUGGGGCAUAUGGUGCUAAAUAAAUUAUGAAGUAGCUAAUAUCAGAAUGCACCAAAAUAGGACAUCUCAUUGGGUAUUUGCUAACGAUUGGAAUUACAAAAGUGGCUGGUUGUCUUUGUGGGUUAAUGCUUUGCCUAUGUUUGAGCACUUAGGCCAAAACCAUGGUUCAUGACUUGUGUGCCCACCUCAGGUGGUCAUGUAAUCAUCUUUUAAAUUUGAUGAUGACUUGAUUGGCUCAAACCUGGCUCCUGAAAAGCUUAAUUGUCAAAUAAUGUACGAUACACUGACUUAUCCAUUUAGCUUUGAGCACUUGCCACUCUGUAUUGUUUAAAAAAAAUGCAUGCAACUUUGCAUAGUUUAAAGAAUACAGGAAAAUGCUUCGUGAUUUCACAUGCAGGUCAUUCAGAAUGACAUGGUUCAGAUGCUAUGAAACGGAAUAAUGUGCUGCAUUCGUAUAGAAAGCCAAACAGCACAGCUUGGAGUAGAACCUAAAUUCGAACUUGAGAGAGUAGAACCUAAAGUCCAAGUAAAGGUGUGCAUCAGGCUCGCCGUAGUGGACACGAUGGUGGGUGAUUGCUGUAUGUGAGAGGCAUCAUCCUGGGAGCAGGUUUAACCUACUGUAAUUUUGGCUACUGAGAGGUCUCCACUUAUCCCAUGAAUUGUGUAAAAUGUGCAUUUCUGUAAAUAUACGUUAUUUAAGUUUCAGUAGACACUGUCCGUUGGUGUAUAUCUGUGGGAAAUAAAGAGAGAACUGUG